AUGGCGGGCGGCGUGUGCAGCGGCCCGCGGGCCAAGGCCUCCUUCCUCAUCGACGACAUCCUGCAGACGCGCUCGCCCGCCGCCGACUCCUGCGGCGACGACGACUCCGCGGACGCCGACGGCGAGCGCCUCGACGUCGUCUCCGUCGGCUCGGCGGCGUCCGCGUCGGUGUCGGCGUCGCCGUCCCCGUCGCCGUGCGAUCUGCGGCAGGCGCUGCCCCCUCCCGUCCCCGCCUCCGCGCUGCAGAGACAGGAAUACGCCGGCGGCCGCUUCUGGAGCCCAGUGGGUGCCAGCUGCCACCUGGGCGGGCUGCUGUCCAGGCACCACCACCACCACCAGCACCAGCACGUGCACGCCAAGCGCAAGGGCGGCCAGGUGCGCUUCACCACGGAGCAGACGGCGGCGCUGGAGCGCAGGUUCUGCGGACACAAGUACCUCAGCCCCGAGGAGCGGCGGGUGCUCGCGGCGCAGCUCAGCCUCUCCGACAGGCAGGUGAAGACCUGGUUCCAGAAUAGGAGGGCGAAAUGGAGGAGAGCAAGCCAAGCCUCUGACUGCAAUGGAGCAGCGACAAGUGGAGCAAAGAGCAAUACGUCACCUGGACUUCCAGAAGACUCAAAGCCGGCAACUGUGCCUGCUGGCAGCGCCAUGGCCAGCAUCAGGACGUGAGUUCUGCUUCCAGCCUUGGUGAUGAAUGACUCCUCAAUUUGGGUGUUCAGCUGGGGGCACAGCCAUCUGCUUGUGGAUGUGUUUGCAGCCACAUGUUGUGUCUGUUAUCCCACCCUGACUGAAGACUUCUAGGAGACCACACCAACUCCUCAGCUGAGAUAAAGAAAUUGCACGUGGACAGUGGAUAAUCUGUGCACAGACUUCCUCUGAAAAAACGUUUGAUGGAAUACCAUGACAUUAUUAAGUUCUUUUCCGUCCAUGGAGUUAACUCUCCUAAAUGUACAUACGCAUACAUCAUACUACAUUGAAUUUUUGAGGAUCCUCAUGUGCCUUUGUGUGUGUUUACUUUUUGUGUUUUGUAUACCAUGGAGACUACCGUUGCUGUCUUUCAGCAACUACUGUAUUCUCCUAAAAAUAGAUAUUUCGCAAAGUGAGAACUUGUCUUAUAUGAUCUGGGACAGAGUAGUAGCAUGCGAAUUGUGUGCUGUUAAAGCCCCAUGAUCUGUUGAUUAUGUGCAUUGUGGGAAUACACUCAUCAAAGAAAAUAAGAUUUCUGUUUUCAAAGUGACAUUAGAAAGACUGAAACUACUCGAACAAUGUAAGUGAAAAAUAAAAUACAGUAAUAAAUGUUGUGUUAUAUGCUAUUCAUAUUUUUGGUACUUUAAUACAGUUUGUUGGUUUAGAACAGUUUAUUUGUUAUCAUUAAGUUCCAUGUAAGCCUCACAUUUCUAUCUUCACUAUUAGCAGUAUGUUGUCACCACAUUGCUCUAUAACUACAGCAUUUAUAGGUUCACUACUAAUUAAGACCAACUGAGCAUGCAAUAUGUAUACAUAUGAGAGCUUAAAUUUCAGUGUCUCAUUCAUUUGUAAAUAUAAAAAGUUUUAAGAUAGUGUUUGUGAGUUGUUUAUUUAUUCUUCAU